AUGAGGCAGUGUUUCCGCCACUACGAAAAGAAACUCACAGAGGAUGCUCUGAGAACCAAGAACAAAAAAGCAAGGCGGCGCAAACUCUCCAAAGUCCUCCAGCGAGCAGAGAAAAUAGUGUAUAGGCAGUUCGGGCCAGACCCCAAGAAACCCCCAAAAGAUGCAGCAGAGCUGCAGCAGAAAGUGCAGCUAAGAGAGAAGGGUUUUAACCCUGAGCUGGUGUUCCGUUUAACUUUGAAGUUUGGCCGUUUGCUGAUUUGGUGGAAAAAUUUAUCGAUGAAGCGACGCGCACCAGAAAACAAGUACAGCAGCAGCAGCAGCAGCAGCAGCAGCAGCAGCAGCAGCAGCAGCAGCAGCAGUAGCAGGAGCAGCAGCAGCAGCAGGAGCAGUGGUGGUAGCAGCAGCAGCACCAAUAGCAGCAAAAAGCAGCAGGAGCAGCAGUAG